UCAAGCAAAGCCUGUCAUGGUGGAAGCAAACAGGGAAUCCCCAAAGACAAGGCGGGCUGGCGUCAUGAGGCGAAGGCGGCGCAGGUGAGUCUGCUGAGAUUCUCUCUUUAGAGCAACGAGAUACCGACACCUUCCGGCUGAAGGAUCCGACUGCGGAUGGACGGACGCACUCGGAGGAGCCCUUGAGCCUGCAGACAAAACAGCUCGGUCAGACGGCGUCGGCUAAGACAUGGGCUGCUUGGGAGGGAAGACGGACGAAGAGCGACUGGAUGAGAAAGUCAAGCGAGAAGCCAACAAGAAGAUCGAGAGACAACUGCAGAAAGAACGCCAAGCUUAUAAAGCCACGCACAGACUCCUACUGCUCGGUCUGUCUUUCUGUCUGUCUAUCUGUCUGUGUCUUUCUUCACAUCCUCUUUGUCUCGUGUGCAGGAGCAGGCGAGUCCGGUAAGAGCACCAUCGUCAAGCAGAUGAAGAUCCUCCACGUUGAUGGUUUCAAUGCUGAAGAGAAGCAGCAGAAGAUUCAAGACAUCAGGAAGAAUGUCAAGGAUGCCAUCGUGACCAUUGUCUCAGCCAUGAGCAUGUUGACUCCGCCCAUGCCUCUGGGUGACCCUGGCAACCAGUUCCGAGUCGACUACAUCAAGAGCAUCGCACCGCUGUCUGACUUUGAAUACACAGAGGAGUUUUUUGAGCACGCUCAUAAGCUUUGGAAGGACGAGGGCAUCCAGGCAUGCUAUGAACGUGCCAACGAGUACCAGCUGAUUGACUGCGCUCAGUACUUCUUGGACCGUUUGGACUGUGUGAGAAGGGCCGACUACACCCCGACUGACCAGGAUUUGUUGCGAUGCCGAGUUCUGACGUCAGGGAUUUUCGAAACCAGGUUUCAAGUGGACAAGGUCAACUUUCACAUGUUUGAUGUGGGAGGACAGAGGGACGAACGCCGCAAGUGGAUUCAGUGUUUCAACGACGUGACGGCCAUUAUCUUCGUGGCCGCAAGCAGCAGCUACAACAUGGUGAUCCGAGAAGACAACUCCACCAAUCGGCUCCAAGAAUCUCUGGACCUCUUCAAAUCCAUCUGGACCAACAGGUUUUUGAAGACCAUCUCGGUCAUCUUGUUCCUCAACAAGCAAGAUGUGCUGGCUGACAAAAUAUUGGCUGGCAAAUCCAAACUGGAGGAUUAUUUCCCAGAGUACUCCAAGUACACACUUGCUGCUGAUGCCGUUCCAGAUUCGGGUGAAGACGUCAGGGUGAGCAGAGCCAAAUUCUUCAUCAGAGAUGAGUUUCUGAGAAUCAGCACGGCCACCGGCGACGGCAAGCAUUAUUGCUACCCGCACUUCACCUGCGCGGUGGACACGGAAAACAUCCGUCGCGUCUUCAACGACUGCCGGGACAUCAUCCAGCGCAUGCACCUGCGGCAGUAUGAGCUCCUCUGAUGGAUUGCUGGCCUCUCACUAGCCCCGCCCACUCCCUGAACGUAGCUAGUGCUUCUCGGCCCGUGUGGAAAAUGGCCCCCUUUUGCUUGCCAGUCGGCUUUGUCUAGCGCCUGCUUGCACGCUCAGCUGGGAGUUGCUCAUGUUCCAAGUGAAAUAAA